UAUGUUGCUUAAAGGAGAGCACAAUUUGGAUUUCAAUGUGACUUGAUAAAUGCAUUUGGAGAAAUCAUAUUUUUAAUGUUUUUUUUUUUUUUUUUUUUUUGCUGUUGUUUGGGGUGUAUAAUUGUGCGGACAAAUUCCAGCAAGAGAACCAAGGCGAUGCUGAUACCACGCGUGCUCGGCGCAAUUCUGUGCGUGAUCAACUGCGUGAGUGUGUGCGUCGAGGCCGCCUCUCGCCUGAAAUCUCACUCGCUGCCCAUCCAAUCUGAGAGAGAACCUUUGCCGUCAAAAGGCCUAUCAGGAUGCUCAUUUGGGGGUCGGUUCUAUUCCCUGGAGGACACGUGGCACCCAGAUUUGGGAGAUCCCUUUGGUGUAAUGCAUUGUGUCCAGUGCCACUGUGACCCUCAAAAAAGUCGUCGGGGUAAGAUAUUUGGGAAAGUCAACUGCAAGAACAUCAAGCAGGACUGUCCGGAUCCGAAAUGUGAUGAGCCCAUACUGCUGCCAGGAGACUGCUGCAAGACCUGUCCAAAAGGUGAGGAUGACAAGAAACAGACAGACCCAAUACUGGACAGCUUUGAGUAUUUCCAUGAAAAAGUCAAAGGGAAAGAGGAUGACCUGCACAAAUCUUACAAUGAUCGAUCUUACCUGAGCUCGGAGGAUAUGGGCCCGGAGGAGAGCCGCACUGACUUUGUAGCACUAUUGACAGGAGCGACAGAAUCAUGGCUGCCAAGUUCCAGUGCAGUUGCCAGAGCUCGCUUCUCUCUGACCAGAACCAGCCUGGCCUUCUCCAUCACAUUCCAAAAAAUAGCCCGUCCUAGUAAAAUCAUCUUCCUGGGUACAGAUGGUGCCACCGCUUUUGAAUACAAAGUCCCCAAGGGACAGUCGAACAUGAUUUGUGGAGUCUGGAAAAACGUUGUCAAGCCUCUUCUGCGACAGCUGCAGAACGAGCAGUUGCGCAUCCGCAUGAGCACGUCAUAUGGCAGACAAGAAGAAGUGGAAGGGAAAAUCAUCAAACACAGGGCAUUGUUUGCUGAGACAUUCAGCUCAACACUGACGUCAGAUGAGGAGAACGCAGGCAUGGGAGGCAUUGCCAUGUUGACAUUAAGUGACACAGAGAACAACCUUCACUUCAUCCUCAUCCUUCAAGGCCUCAUUAAAAAUAAAGACAAAGAACCCCUUCUGGUUCCCAUUCGAGUACAACUGUUUUACAGGCAACACAUCCUGAGAGAGAUCCAGGCCAACAUCACAUCACAUGAUCCAGAUUUUGCAGAGGUGCUGACUGAUCUGAAUAGCCGUGAACUCUUCUGGCUGUCUCGCGGGCAGCUGGAGAUUGCUGUAGCAACAGAGGGUCACCAUCCACGGCGGAUCUCGGGAUUUAUUACUGGCAGAAAAUCAUGUGACACCAUCCAAAGUGUGCUGUCCAGCGGUGAUGCACUGACUCCAGGGAAGACUGGAGGCACGGGUUCCGCCAUCUUUAAUCUCCAUGAUAACGGCACACUGGAUUAUCAAGUUCAGGUUGCGGGUCUCACUUCAGACAUGGUCGGCCUCACGAUUGAACUGAAGCCACGGCGGAGAAACAAGCGUUCAGUGCUGUACGACUUGACGCCAGAGUACAACAAGGCCACGGGCAGGGCAGUGGGCAGCUGGAGUCGCUUGGAGGCCCGGAACAUUCACAUGCUGCUGCAAAACGAACUCUUCAUUAAUGUGGCGACAGCUCAAAAUCAGGAAGGGGAACUAAGGGGCCAGAUAAAAGCACUGCCCUAUAGUGGCCUGGAAGCUCCAAGACAUGAGUUGCCCACUCCUCUUGGCGGCCACUUUGUGUUGCCCCCAAUUCGAACCGGUGCUUCCGGCCACGCCUGGGUUUCCGUUGACAAAUACUGUCAUCUUCAUUAUGAAAUUAUUGUGACGGGCCUCAGCAAGGCCGAUGACCUCACAGUGAAUGCCCACCUGCAUGGGUUUGCUGAGAUCGGGGAGAUGGAUGACAGCAGUGUCAAUCACAAGAGACUGCUGACUGGCUUCUAUGGCUCACAGGCUCAAGGAGUGUUGAAGGACAUCAGUGCUGAAUUAUUGCAGCAUUUGGAUCAAGGAAAAGCCUUCAUCCAGGUCACCACCAAAUUGAACCCAAGGGGAGAACUUCGCGGACGGGUCCAUGUGCCCAACAACUGCGAAUUUGGGACUAAAGAUGACAUAGACGAGGCUGAAUUUGAUGAACUUUUUGUCAAAGAUCCCGAGGCGCUAAAAAAAGAUCCUCAUACCUGCUUCUUUGAGAACCAGUACCACGCCCAUGCAUCUCUCUGGACUCCGAACUAUGAUAAAUGCUUCUCCUGCAGCUGUCAGAAGCGGACUGUGAUUUGUGAUCCAUUAAUCUGCCCGGUGUUGACCUGUUCCCAAACUAUCCUGCCUGUUGAUAAAUGCUGCCCAAUCUGUGAUGAGAGAAAGGGGACUAAAGAUCUAAAAGCUCCAGAAAAAGUAGAAGAAAAUCCUGAAGGUUGUUAUUUUGAGGGAGACCAGAAGAUGCAUGCCCCAGGAACGACAUGGCAUCCUUUCGUACCUCCCUUCGGUUUCAUUAAAUGUGCCGUCUGCACUUGCAAGGGCUUAACAGGUGAGGUACACUGCGAGAAAGUGACGUGUCCAGUGUUGACAUGCAGUCAUCCGGUGAGACGAAAUCCUUCGGACUGCUGCAAAGAAUGUCUAGAAGAGGAAAAGACCCCCGGGGACCUGGAACACACUGACAUGAUGCAGGCAGAUGGGCCCAGACACUGCAAAUUUGGGAAGAACUAUUACCAGAACAGCGAUAACUGGCAUCCCUGGGUACCACUGGUGGGAGAGAUGAAGUGCAUCAACUGCUGGUGUGAUCAUGGUGUGACAAAAUGUCAGCGUAAGCAAUGUCCAGUGCUGACCUGUUCCAACAUCACUCGCAAAGAUGGCUCAUGCUGUCCUGACUGCAUCGAUUUGAGAGAUGAAGAUGAUCUAAUGAUGAAGACUCUUGACAAACAAACAAGCUAGAGCAUUGACAUAAUACAGAACCAUCAAAUAACUCAGACAACGACUUGCUGAGCUGACCCUUCCCUCAAACCCAGAACUGCACACUGGGCCGAUCAAAUUCCAGACAUCCCCGCCCUCUCCCACCCACCUUGUCAGCUUCAAGAUUGUAAAGGACAGAGAAGUGGGAAAAAAAGAAGAUGAAAACUAACGAAUGAGAGAUUUUUUCCUCGUGAUUAGUGACCUUGGAGAUUAUCAAACAAAGGUUACAAACUUGCAGAUUUCUGCUUCCUGUCUUGAAAUGGGAAUUUUUUGCUUGCUUAAAACAAAAUGUAUUCAGCCGCUUAGGAAGGCAGUUUUUGAAUGGAAGCGUUUGGCUGUUGAGUAAGUUUCACUUGAAUGUUCCUGCAUGACAGGCCUUCUAUUUUGGAGCACAGCCAUGGCUACUGUACAAUCGCCACUUCAAGUGCUCUCACUGGACAAUGUAAAGACGUGUGAAUCUGUGUGGGACCAGAUGUGUGUGUAUACGUGCUCGUGCAUGUGUUCCAUUAUAAAAUACAGCUAAACAGCUGUACAAAUGGACGUGACAAUAAACCUGCUGGUUGCCGAGGCCGAUUUCAACUAUUAAAGUAAAGUGAAACAGGGACAGAGUUUGUUUUUGUUUGUUUUUUUUGGAAGGAUUUCAGCAAGUUUCCAAAAAGAUUCUUUUCCAAUUGGAGGGUAUUUCUACACAAGUGAACCAGUCUACACUUUCUAUUUCUUUGGCAGCAUGGUGAUCACACCAAGAGAAGCUCCCACAUAUCCAGCUGCUUCUUGUUUCUGUGCUAACAUUGAGCCACUUGUUGAUCUUAGUUUUGCUCUGCUUCACUUGUUCCUAUUUUGUCCCGUCUGUUUUGAAUUAAAUAAUAUUGGGUGUUUUUCUUUUUAAUGUUGUUUAAGGAGAUGAAGCAUGUUUGUAUUUGUAUUUAUUAAAUGCCAUGGAAACAGACAGGAAA